AUGGAGGAAGUCGGUGGGUUCAGCUAUGAGGAGUGGUGCAAGAGGCGUGAAUGUGUCCCAGUUCCUACCGAGACCAUCGCUCCCAAGUCGUCCAUCUCGAAUCGCUCGACUCACAGUCAGAGCGCAGUGUCGUCUGAUCACGACAACGCUUACCACUACGUUGCUAUGAGAGAGCCCGGCCCUCAAGACGCUGUUGUCAGUAGCCUCUCAACAGAUCUUCUGCUCAAUCGACUGACCUUUGAUCACCACAGNCCCGUCGCAUACGCACUUUACCCUCAACCCGGUUACACUUACAUGUAUCCGCCUCAGCCAUUCGCAGCCAUGGCUGCACCCCAAGCUCUUGCACCCGCUCCACCUGCACCUGCGCCUGCACCUUCGACACACUCCAAGAAGGAAGAGUCUCACUACCAUCACUAUGUCCAUGAGCGUGUCCACGAGAAGUCUGUCCGCCCUGUCUCCGAGCCUCCCACCAUCGAGAAAGCCGUCUCUGCUCAGUCUGCGUCCAAAGCCAACCUUCCCGCCAUGACUUACGGCGCGAUCCCCUACGGCAUGCCCGCCACCGCCAUCCCAGUCGCCUACGCCAUGCCAAACUAUCCAGUCCCCGUCCAUACCGAAACAGCCAGCACAUCGUCUUCCAAGCCCAAAACCGAUCGCGUGUGGGUUGGCCGCACCAAGAAGCAAGUCGACGAGGACAAUGCCAAGAUCGCACACAAGGAAGGUGUCUACAAGCCCAACGAGAUGGUUCCCAAGGCAGCUUCUCCAGACCAGCUGUUCUGGGUCAUCGAGCCCGAUGAUUCCAAUACCUUGCGCACUUUCCGCACUAUUGAGGAGGAGCUGCAGCCUGGCAAGUGGAAGGUGGACCCUAGAUAUGGCAAUGCGUACUUUGUGCGUGACAAGCAGGAGAAGGCUAAGAAGUGA